AUGACACGUCCCGAAACAGCUACGGAUCCCAAGACAGCUACCAAUGAUCAUCCCAAAACAACCCCCGAUACCGAGACGGCAUGGGAUGAGCUCAACGAGCCGUACACCGGCCCUCUUAGGGAGGAUCAAAAGGCUGCCGCUGGUGAGGCUGGUAGUGGUGGUAGGGGAGAGAAUGGAAAUAACAGCAAGAAGAGAAACAGCAAAGAUAAUAAGGGGAUGAAGUGUAGGACUAGGUGUAAUAUACCUGCCUUCCCCGCCACCAACCACACCUUGAGGGAUUCCACGGAUAUACACCAACCGAAAACAAAGUUUAUUCCCACUUGCCAUCUACGAUUCCAACCACCCACCAUCGCGACAUCGCCGCCACCUUCGAUAUCAACCCCCAUUGCAAUACCUCACCCCCCUCUCUCGAGCCAACAAUGUCCAAACCCUCCCCCCCCCCUCCCCCCCACCGCCCCCCUCCUCCUAACAAAACGCGUCAGCGCCUUCCUCCGCGCCAAUUUAUCCCCCUCCAUAACAGCAGCAAUCCUCACAACACCAACCGGCUCCCUCCUCUCCCACGCCUCCUCCCUCCCCGCCUCCGCCCUAAGAAGGCAAUGCGCCGUCGCCGCCUCGAUCUGGGCCGUCCAGUCCUCUUCCUCCGCCUCCUCCCAAUCCUCCCCGCAACACACCCAUAAAACCCGAAAACACAAAUCCACCCCCUCCCUCACCGUCCAGCUCGACUCUGGCCUGGUUGCGGUAUGCUGUUUAUUUGCAUGGGUGGUCAAGGUCAAGGUCAAGGUCAAGGUCAAGGUCAAGGUCAAGGUCAAGGGUCAGGGUCAGGGUCAAAAUCAGGGUCAGGAGCAGCAGCAACAACAACCGGAGGAGGGGAAUGGGGAAGGGAUGGGGGGAAAAACACCAGUCGGGUCACCAUCCGCAAAUUCAGAAGUGGGAAGGGCGUCCGUCAUGAGCGGCGGGACGACAUCGGGGCAGACGGUCACGUCCCAAACAAGCGCGAGCUCGGCGGGGGUGGUGAUGAUGAGGAGGCAGGUGGAGGAACUAGCGAGAUGGUUGGACGAGAAGCUGGCGGGGUUGUGCAUACCGGAGGAGGGGAUCGGGUUGGAGAAUUUGGGGAGAGCGGGAGGGGAGCAGCUGGAGAUGAGGUAG